ACCUCCAUCGCGGCCUCACCUCCAUUUUAAUUCCGACCUCACUAUUCUGCAAGCGUCAAGAGCGCCGGAGCUGAUACCUCUACGCCUAAAGAAGAAGAAAAGAAAAAGUUAAAAAACUAUAAUCCUAAAAGGCUAGAAAGAAGAAGAAGGAGAGAUACAGUCUUAAGCCUCGCAGCAUUGUUCGAGAAUAAACGGAGGAUUUCUGGAUCUUCAUUAGCUCUAAUGGAUACUAAUUCUGGUGAUUCAGCAAAUCCUCAUUCUAGUGAGGGUUCAGAUGUCGAACCUCGUGUAGUGACUGCUACUGCGGUAGACAGUUCCCCACGUGGCUCAUCUUCUAUGUUGUCGACAUCUGCCAUAUCUUCUUGGGCCAAAGGUCUGAAACUUCCACAACCCUUAGCACCGGCGACACCAAACUCACAGGCCGGAAAUGCUCCCAAGUCUGCAUUUUCACGUCUAGCCAGUGGAUUUGGACUGAAUUUGCCUUUGAAACCAAAUGAUAGUUCUGGAGACAGCUCAGCUGCUGCACAAUCAGGUGUUUUUGAGUCGCUCACUAAAGGAAUAGUUGAUUCAUCUUUCAGUGCAGUUAAGGCUGUUCAAGUUAAGGCACGUCACAUUGUCUCACAGAACAAGCGAAGAUACCAGGUCGGGGGAUUUGAUUUAGAUAUGACUUAUAUAACUGAGAACAUCAUUGCAAUGGGUUUUCCAGCUGGUGAUAUGAGUUCUGGAUUUUUUGGCUUUGUUGAGGGUUUGUAUCGGAAUCACAUGGAAGGCCUUAUAUAUUUCUUUGGUUUUCAGGGGAAGUACAAAGUAUACAAUCUUUGUUCAGAGAGGUUAUACGAUGCGUCACUGUUCCAGGGAAAGGUUGCCAGUUUCCCAUUUGAUGACCAUAAUUGCCCUCCUAUUCAUCUUAUUAAGUUGUUCUGUCAAAGUGCUUAUUCAUGGUUGAAGGAGGACAUCCUGAAUGUGGUGGUUGUCCAUUGUAAAGCUGGUAUGGCAAGGACAGGAUUGAUGAUCUGUAGUCUUCUUCUGUUCUUAAAGUUUUUCCCCACAGCUGAGGAGUGCAUUGAUUACUAUAACCAGAAAAGAUGUGUAGAUGGGAAGGGUCUCAUUCUCCCUGGCCAGAUUAGGUAUGUGAAGUACUUUGAGCGCAUUUUAACGCACUUCAAUGGUGAAACUCCGCCUGGACGUAGGUGCAUGCUGAGGGGAUUUCGACUCCACAAGUGUCCUUAUUGGAUCAGACCUGCCAUUACCAUAUCUAAUCAUAGUGGAGUUUUAUUUUCCACUAAAAAGCAUCCGAAAACAAAGGACCUAAUGCCAGAAGACUUCUGGUUGCGUGCAGCAAAAAAGGGAAUUGUGGUCUUUGCUCUACCAGGGGAGCCAGGUUUAACAGAAUUGGCGGGGGAUUUCAAAAUCCACUUUCAGGAUCGCCAAGGAGAUUUCUAUUGUUGGUUGAAUACGACAAUGAUGGAAAAUAGAGUGCUUUUGGAUUCCUCUGAUCUUGAUGGCUUUGAUAAGAGGAAAUUGCCUUCUCCAGGUUUUCAGGUUGAGAUUGUGAUGAUAGACUAUGAUGGUACAAUAUCAUCCAAAUUUAAAGCUGAUCAAGUGGCAAAGGGGUCUGAUGGACGAGUAGGAAGUCAAGCAUCAUCAAAUGAUAGGAAUGACGCGAACACUGCUCAAGUCGAGGUUACACCAAAACGAGAUAAUGAUGACGAUGUUUUUUCAGAUAGUGAUGGAGAGGGGUCUGUACCCUCAAGAAGAAGUGUAGAUAACACAUCAUCUGCAGUGGGAACUACUUCACCUCUUGAAUCAGGUAGCAAAGAUAACCAAAUUACAUCCUUCACCGAUCAGACCAAACAACUCUCAUUGGGGAGCAAGGAGUCCGCACCUUUUCAGACCAAUACGUCAAAAGAAACGAAAUUUGAUGUUGUUGAGAGGGUUGACUCUAUUCCAAACCUAGGUUCUGGUGAUAUUAAAGCUAUUGCAGCAGAUGCUUCUGUUUUCAGUUUUGGAGAUGACGAAGACUACGAAAGCGAAUGAGCAACAACAGUUGAUUCGCAGGUUAGGAUUGGUUUCCGUUGGCGCUAUAGUGCCUUGAAUUUUCUGACAAAUUAAAGAUAUUUAUUUUUCCUAUACAUAUGCUGACCUUUCGCGUCCCUGCUCCUAGUUGAAGUUCUUAUCUGUCAUUGUACAGGGAACAGAAAACGUUGUUUUUGGGUUGAAACCCGAAUACUAUAUAUUUAUACACUCAUAUGGCCAUUAAUUUUAGACUGCGUCUGCUGACAAUCAUAUGGAAUUCAGUCCAGACAUCAGGAUCGGAUGAAAACUCUCCUCAUCCUACAAUAAGAACUGCUUUGCUUUUGUUUUUGUUGAUCUUUCACUCCCUUUCAUGUU